UGCUCAGCCCUUUACAGCCUGUCACUUUUGCAGAAGGCAGCUCAGCUAAGCAUUUCAACUCUGAAGAGACUCAUCUUUGAAAAAAAAUAAAAAUAAAAGCUCUAAAAUAAGCAACAACAAUGGGCGCUGCUCAAAGCUUCAGGAACAUUUGUGACCAUCAAAAAAACACUAAUGUCCGUCUUAGUCUUCCAGCUGUUUGUAUAAUUUGGCAAACAGCCAUGGUCAUCUUGUUUGGGAUUUUUAUCCGGUACAACGAGGAAUCAGACACGCACUGGGUAGAGCACAAGAAAGCUGCAAAUAUAUCAAGUGACAUUGAGAAUGACUUCUACUACAGAUAUCCAAGUUUCCAAGAUGUGCAUGUGAUGAUCUUUGUUGGGUUUGGAUUCCUGAUGACAUUUCUUAAGCGUUACAGCUUCGGUGGAGUGGGCUUCAACUUCCUCAUCGCUGCAUUUGGUCUCCAGUGGGCGUUGCUGAUGCAAGGCUGGUUUCACUCCCUUGACUACACUGAUGGGAAGAUUAAAAUUGGGAUUGAAAACCUGAUCAAUGCUGACUUCUGUGUGGCCGGCUGCUUAAUUGCCUAUGGAGCAUUGUUGGGUAAAGUCAGUCCAGUCCAGCUGAUGGUUUUGACAUUAUUUGGAGUUACAUUGUUUGCUGUUGAGGAAUAUAUUAUCCUGAAUAUCAUCCAUGCCAAAGAUGCUGGAGGCUCCAUGGUGAUCCACACAUUUGGAGGUUACUAUGGCCUUACCAUGUCAUGGAUGCUCUAUAGACCUAAUCUGAAACAGAGCAGUCACUUGCAAGGCUCUGUCUACCACUCAGACGUCUUUGCAAUGAUUGGCACCCUCUUUCUUUGGAUGUUCUGGCCCAGCUUCAACUCAGCUAUCGCAGGUCACGGGGAUGGGCAGCACAGAGCAGCCAUCAACACCUACCUGGCUUUGGCUUCAACUGUGCUCACUACAGUAGCCAUUUCAAGCCUUUUCCAGAAACAUGGAAAACUAGACAUGGUACACAUCCAGAACGCCACACUUGCUGGAGGUGUUGCUGUGGGAACAGCAGCAGAGUUCAUGCUGAUGCCCUAUGGGUCUCUUAUUGUAGGAUUCUGCUGUGGUGUUCUCUCCACUCUUGGAUAUAUCUACAUCUCGCCUUUCAUGGAGAAGUACAUGAAGAUUCAGGACACGUGUGGAAUCCACAACCUCCAUGCUAUGCCGGGAGUUAUAGGUGGAAUUGUUGGAGCUGUCACCGCUGCCGCUGCUUCAGAUUCAGUUUAUGGCCAUGAAGGGCUGGUUAACACCUUUGGCUUUACGGGUAAUUUUGCAAGCAUGCUACCCUCAAAGCAAGGUGGUCACCAGGCAGGAGCUCUCUGUGUUGCAAUCUGCUUCGGUAUAGGAGGAGGCAUCAUUGUUGGCACUAUCUUAAGAUUGCCUAUUUGGGGAGAUCCUGCAGAUGACAGCUGCUUUGAUGAUGAGGCCUACUGGGAGGUGCCAAAUGAUGAAGAGAGCAUCCCAGCGAUGCCUCCGUACAACAACCACAUGAGGAACAAAGAUGUAAUGGAGUCACAUUUCACCAUGGAGCCGAACGCUAGGCAAUGACCAUGAAACCCUUUUCUUUCCUUUAAUUCUAAUGCUGGAAAGAAAUAUUCAUCGGAUGUCUUUACAUCCCUCCAGCCACUCACUUCUUGGAAUCUUGCUUGGUUUGCUUGCUUACAUUCCCAGUGGUGUAUCGGUCUUCUCAACUAGAUAUUUUCUAGUUUAAAUUGAUCAGCACUCAGAUAUUCAACUAAGUGAGUAACAGGUAAAUUUGCCUCAAUGUGUGUGUUUCUAUUCAUUUCUAUACUGAAACCUACAAGAACAUAACUAUUUUACUUUAAGAAAAUAAUUUCAGACCUUUUGCAUUUUGCUUUCUUGCAAACCCAUCUGAGUUUUUUCUACAGGUGUCUCAUUUCAGUUUUUCUUGAUCUGAGCAAUUUUGACCUGUUUAAGAAUAGAACAGAAUAGAAUAGAAACUAUUCUUCAUGUAACACGCAACAUGAUGUAACAGAUUGCAGGUAAAGAGAAGAGAAUACACAAAUUUUCCACCAAGCUUUUAUGAAAGUUUCCUUACAUCUUAUCCUGUUAUUACUGUUUGAUAAAAGAUAAGGUGAACAAUUUUGUGUGUUUAUAGAAAUUUUUUACAAUGACUCUUGUUUAUUGUGUUACAGAAUGAUUUAAAUGUGAUGUGGGUUAGGAUUUAAAUACGGAUUUUAAUUGUGAUGAUUGUUAUGCUGUGGCAUUAUUAAUAUUAGGCAAGACUUCACCUUCACUUUCCCUUAUAUAGAUGCUUGAUAAGACACUGUAAGUGCAUAUAGAGGAACAUUUGGAAUUACUCAUAGAGAGGCCUUCUACUACUCACAGUGGCUAUUUUGUAGGAAAAUACCCAAGUUAAUGCUAGUGCUUCUAACUAUUUUUAUGUGUCACAAAUCUUUCAUUAUUGCACGGCUAAUGAUGCCAAAUUGGGGUUUUAAAUUAAGGUUUCUGUCAUGAUAUGAAUUUGCAGGUUGUGCCUUUGUCAAAACCUCAUAUGUAUCAUAUGUGUACACACUGUAUGUUUCAAAAUAUUUGUCAUAACAAUCUAUUAAUGCUGACGUGAUUUAAGAAUUUAAGUUACUAAUAAACUGUUCAAAUUA